GAGGGGAGGGUCGGCGGGGCGGGGCAGCCAGCCUCAAACCUCCGGGCAUUGGCUGGUGGGUCAGCCAGGAACACGUGGUGCGGAACCGGCGCGAAUCUCCGAGGUCUGAAGUCUGCCAGAAAGAUGUCAGCCCUCAAAGCUGUCUUCCAGUAUAUUGAUGAAAACCAGGACCGCUAUGUCAAGAAACUUGCAGAAUGGGUGGCCAUCCAGAGUGUGUCUGCCUGGCCGGAGAAGAGAGGGGAGAUCAGAAGGAUGAUGGAGGUGGCUGCUGCAGACAUCCAGACGCUCGGGGGCUCCGUGGAGCUGGUGGACAUCGGCAAGCAGAAGCUCCCAGAUGGCUCGGAGAUACCUCUUCCUCCCAUUCUGUUGGGUAAGCUGGGCAGCGAUCCCCAGAAGAAAACAGUAUGCAUUUACGGGCACCUGGAUGUGCAGCCUGCGGCCCUGGAGGAUGGCUGGGAUAGUGAGCCCUUCACCUUGGUGGAGCGGGAUGGCAAGUUAUAUGGGAGAGGCUCGACGGAUGAUAAGGGGCCAGUGGCCGGAUGGAUGAAUGCCCUGGAAGCCUAUCAGAAGACUGGCCAGGAGAUUCCUGUCAACCUGCGAUUCUGCCUGGAAGGCAUGGAGGAGUCUGGCUCCGAAGGCCUGGAUGAGUUAAUUUUUGCCCAGAAAGACAAGUUCUUCAAAGAUGUGGACUAUGUCUGCAUUUCAGACAACUAUUGGCUGGGGAAGAAUAAGCCGUGCAUCACAUACGGGCUCCGAGGCAUUUGUUACUUCUUUAUUGAGGUGGAAUGCAGUGACAAAGACCUCCAUUCUGGGGUGUAUGGUGGCUCAGUGCAUGAAGCCAUGACGGAUCUCAUUUCACUGAUGGGCUGUCUGAUAGACAAGAAGGGGAAAAUCCUCAUCCCUGGCAUCAACGACGCCGUGGCUCCUGUGACAGAAGAGGAGUGUAAGCUCUAUGAACACAUUGACUUCAAUAUGGAAGAGUUUGCCAAGGAUGUGGGGGCUGAGACCCUUCUGCACAGCUGUAAGAAAGACAUCCUGAUGCACCGAUGGAGAUAUCCGUCCCUCUCCCUCCAUGGCAUUGAAGGGGCCUUCUCGGGCUCAGGGGCCAAGACUGUGAUCCCCAGGAAAGUGGUGGGCAAGUUCUCCAUCAGGCUGGUGCCCAACAUGACACCUGAAGUUGUCAGCGAGCAGGUUUCAAGCUACUUGUCAAAAAAGUUUGCUGAACUGCACAGCCCCAACAAGUUCAAGGUGUACAUGGGCCAUGGUGGGAAGCCCUGGGUAUCUGACUUCAACCAUCCUCAUUACCUGGCUGGGAGAAGAGCCCUGAAAACAGUGUUUGGUGUUGAACCUGACUUGACCAGAGAAGGUGGCAGUAUUCCUGUGACCCUGACCUUUCAGGAGGCCACAGGCAAAAAUGUCAUGCUGUUACCAGUGGGGUCAGCAGAUGACGGUGCCCACUCCCAGAAUGAAAAGCUGAAUAGGCACAACUAUGUAGAAGGGACCAAGAUGCUGGCAGCAUACCUGUAUGAGGUGUCUCAGCUGAAGAACUGAGAAGUCUCAUUUUCCAUGGAGUGCCGCGCCUCCCAGAAACAAUGUAACCUCUGCCCACUUCCUUCCAGCUUCCUUAGGGAAGCAGAAGUUUCUUUUCCCUAUCUCUCUCAGGUCACAGGCAGACUUGCAAGAAUGGAGACAGUGCCUCCAGCUGUCACCAGGGUAGAGUUAACUAUGUCAGACAGUUGGAAAUGUUCAGUCCUAAGACUUACUGGGGACAGCUGACUGACCCAGGUUGGGAGGAAGAAAUUCUCAGGGUGGUCAGUAUGACUUCCCCUAGAGUCCAAAAGCUCCAAGUCUGUGAGAGGUACUGCCCAUCGUGGGCUUGAAUGACCAGGAUGGAUUGUUCUCUGCUUUCUCCCUUAAGCUUGUGCUGUGACAGCGCCAUGGUGACCCCUCACUGUGCUCUGUCUCUGUUCUUAAGACCCUUGCUGACCAUCACUAGUGUCCCUUCCUGUUACAGCCCCUCAAUCUGUCCACGCAGCCUAGUGGAAGCAUCAGUUUAGAGCUAGCUGCCCUGCUAAUAAAGGUGAUGAUGUGCCUCUGGA